ACAUUUUUGGGAAUGUCGAAGCCACGAGCCAGCUAUCACUGAAUCUCAGAAAGUUCGGGUUUUCUGACUAGUGACCGGUCUAUACUGGGGCCGGAGGUUUCAUCUUGCCUGCUCAGAGCGUAUCGUUACUUCUGGGUCGCGAACCGGAUUUGGAGACUUUAAUAAACAGUGGCAACAGGUCCUACCUCAACUGCCUUGCUCUGCGAAACAACUGGCUCGUCCUCACGGAAGAAGACUGAUGUGUGUGUGUGAGCUUUGUCUCGACUGCAGUUAUGAAAAUUCAAUUCGCGCCGCUGAACGUGCCGUUGCACAGACGCUUGCAAACGGUUGCUGUGGUUCAGUGGGUCUUCUCCUUCAUCGCGCUGGCUCAGUGCUGCCUGGCAGCAUUUGUGCUCCUGUGUCUCAGUGAUUGGUGGAUCCUCGGUGCACUCUAUGCUGGUUGGCUGUACCUGGACAGAGACACGCCCGUUACUGGGGGUCGGAGGUCACAAUGGGUUAAGAACUGGACGGUGUGGCGCUACUUUCGAGACUAUUUCCCUAUCUCAUUGGUGAAAACAGUAGAUUUGGACCCCAGUCAUAAUUACAUCUUUGGGUUCCAUCCACAUGGAGUUCUUGUUGCCGGGGGAUUUGGGAACUUCUGCACAGAAAUUUCUGGCUUUUCCACUCUAUUCCCGGGACUCACGCCAUACCUGCUCAUGCUGCCCUUCUGGUUUCGAGUGCCAUUCUUCAGGGACUAUAUCAUGUCUGGAGGGCUGGUAUCCAGUGAGAAGGCCAGCGCCAGCUACAUCAUCAGUCGGCCAGAGGGCGGACACGUUGCCGUGGUAGCAGUGGGCGGAGCACCGGAGUCACUGGACGCCCGACCGGGAGAGCUGACACUUCAGAUGCUACAACGCAAGGGCUUCAUCAAGCUUGCUCUCAAACAUGGGGCAUGGCUGGUCCCAGUGUUCUCCUUCGGUGAGAAUGAGCUAUUUGACCAGAUGGAGAACCCAAGAGGCUCCGCCCUCAGACGCAUGCAGGACCGCCUCCAGAGGAUAUUGGGCGUGGCCUUGCCCCUCUUCCACGCCCGAGGCGUCUUCCAGUAUAGCUUUGGCGUACUGCCCUACAGAAAGCCCAUAAGCACCAUUGUGGGUCGGCCCAUUCCAGUGGUUCAAACUCCAUCUCCAAGUAAUGAAGACAUAGAAAACCUCCAUAAACUCUACAUUGAGGGUCUCACCCAGGUAUUUGAGGAGAAUAAAGCUAAUUAUGGCGUCGCUGAAGACAAACACCUCAAGUUCAUCUGACCUCAGUUUCAACUGUCUGUAUGUAUGUAUGUAUGUAUGUAUGUAUGUAUGUAUGUAUGUAUGUAUGUAUGUAUGUAUGUCUGUAUGUCCGUCUGUCUGUCUGUCUGUCUGUCUGUCUGUCUGUCUGUCUGUCUGUCUGUCUGUGUCUGUAUGUGUAUCCUUCUACUUGCUUGUUUGCCAAGGUCAAACCUGUCUGUUUGGAAUUCUUUUGGUCCCUACAAAGAGAAAGCACCUUAUCACCCAUCAGUUCUGCCGUGUGUGUGUGUGUGUGUGUGUGUGUGAGUGAGAGACAGAGGGAGUGACUGAAGAGAGGGAGAAAAAUCUCUUUUUUUUUUUUAGUCCUAUUUGUCUGGUGUCGAAUGGUUCAUUUGCAAUAGCUUGUGUGUGUGUGUGUGUGUGUGUGUGUGUGUGUGGUUGUGCACCAUGUUUUUAUGUUACAAAUGUGUUGGAAAGCACAUAACCUCUCCAAGGUACAGUCACAUAAAUUAACUUUAUUGGGAAAUAUCUUUGUGUUUCUAUCCUAUAUAAUACUGAAAUGGAGGCUCAGAGACUAUAUGAGACUACAUGUCUCUAGUUACCCUUGUCUCUAGUGAGGACGUUCAGUGCAUUUUAUGCAUGUGGCCUGAAAAUAGGAAGACUUUGCUUGUUUUAGAUUACAUUUUAGAUCGUCUAGCCCAUUUCUGAGAGUUAUUGCUGCCACAACUGCCUUGAAUGUGUGUGCGUGUACGGGUGUGUGCGCGUGUGUGUGUUUGUAUCAGUGAGUUGAAGUGAAAUGCUCAAUGAGCAAUGAGGUGUAGGACACUGGUACAACCAGAGUUCAAGAUUUGUUUACUGGAGAAAAUACAACUAGCAUGAAAAGCCAUUUUGUGCCAUACUUCAGUUGGGUAAAACUGUUAAAUAUGUGUCAUGGUUCUGUGAGAACAUACAAACAAUAAAUUACUGUGACUGCUUUUGAAA